ACAUGGGCAUGGCGCAGGACACGAUGCUUAAUAUCCAACCCAGGACAGCCAGGGUCACUCCCAAGAUCUCUAGUCCCAACACAGCCAUUUUGUUGUUUUACCUUCCUUUUCUGACAACUGUGAUCACCUUGGUGUUGUUUGUGGCACGUUGAAGACAGACCCGUCCACGGAACUAACCAGUCAAACUCCUCGUCCGUCCAAGCAGACACGUCCUCCAGGCGAACGGAAGAACGACUGUCUAUAGUCCUCCAACCCCCAAGGACUGACGUCACCUUGCAAGUUCUGUGCAAGCUGUAGCGCCCCCCCACCCCACCCCCCAUGGCUGUGGAGGAGCUGGGCAUCACCUUGUCCAUGGUGGGCCUGGCAGGCACCAUCCUGAUCUGCGCCCUGCCCAUGUGGAAGGUCACAGCGUUCAUCGGCACCCACCUGGUGGUCAUGCAGGUGUUCUGGGAGGGCCUGUGGAUGACCUGUGUGUCUGAAACCACGGGACAGAUGCAGUGUAAGAUCUACGACGCUCUUCUAGACCUGUCCCCUGACCUCCAGGCGGCCUGGGGCCUCAUUGUCAUCAGCAUGGUACUGGGCUGCCUGGCGUUCCUCGUCUUCCUCCUGGGGGCUAGGUGUACCAACUGCCUGAGCCAUCCCAGGGUCAAAGCCUGCAUGGUGCAGGCCGCAGGGAUCACCUUCACCCUGGCUGGGUUAAGCAUCAUAGUGGCUGUGUCCUGGACAGCCCAGUCUAUCAUUAGGGACUUCUAUAACCCGCGGGUCCCUGAGGUGCUGAAGAAGGAGAUGGGGGCGGCCAUCUAUGUGGGCUGGGUGACCUCUGGGUUCCUGUUCUGUGGAGGAGGGGUGCUGUGUACCAGAUGUCCUCCAGGGGGGAGAGAGGGCAGGCAUGGUUCCAGCAAUAGGUACACCCUGGCUAGGAUGCCCACUCACACUCACAGCAGCUACGCCAUAAAGAACUAUGUGUGAGAGGGGAGUGCUUUAUUUGCCUGUUAACUUCAGGUAAAUCAUGCAGGUGUUGGCACUCUGAAUAGACAUGUCACAGCAUGUUUUUCCCUCUUUUGAACAUUGCAUGUACAUGUCUGGUCGUUCAUACAGUAGCUUUGGUGGAAGUUAUUAAAAAUAAGAUAAUAUUAGUUAAUUAUUGUUAUAAAAUAAGUCUGGCUUAGGUAAUUGUAGAUAUUCAAAUGUUCACUAUCCCCAUGAAAGAUGUUUGUUGAGGAAAUAUCUGUUAUUGAAAUAUAAUCACUGAAAAUCAACAGGUUACUGUUAUUGACAGUACAAGUACGUCCACUGAUUGAACCUGAUUGUUUUUACAUCCCUGUGUUGUAAUUCACAUCAUUUCAUUUUUUACAUCCUAUUAAACUGUGUUUAUUUCUUGUAAUGUGUUUCAGGAACAAUGUUUUUCACAUUUGACUUUGUGACUAGAAUCUGCUAAAAGAAAAUAGAUGCAGCAUUUUAGAGGGCAGCAAAUCAUGUUCUUUGUGAAUUAUUUGCGAUUUGAACCGAAUAUAAAUAAACAUUUUGAUCCUAAA